AAUUGCAAAACGUUACAAACAGUUCCGAGAAGUUGUCAGUUUUGGUUCAGUUUCAGUGUCGUUUUUGUAUUAUUCUCAGUUCCUUCAAGUAGGACUUUAUGAAGAAGUAGCAUAGAAUUGAAGAUGAGUUCUGAAGUAGAAUGGCCAUGGCAGUACAAUUUUCCACCUUUUUUCACGUUACAACCUCACAAAGAAACAAGAGUUAAACAAAUUACUGCAUGGAAAGCCCUGAUUUUAGAUUACUGUGGGGUGAAUAAAAUAUGUAGUAUAGAUUUAAGAGAAACCAAUGAGAUGUCUUUAUUUACAAAUGCUGCAAUCAAUCGAACCUUAGAAUCAAGUGCAUUAUUAGUAAUUUUAGAAGAGUUACAAAACUCAGGAAAUGCUAUUCCAAUGGACAAGCAAAGGCAGAGAUGGGAGAUAUACUGGCACACUCUCGAAGAGUUUAGCCAGAUAAUCUACAAUUAUGUGAUGAAUAGCAAUAGUUUGGAUAUGGUGCUUACAAUUUUUGAAUUAACAGAAAGUGAUGAUGUUGCUAAUGAAGAAUUUUAUAAACUUAACAGUGAUGUGUUCAUUAAAGUCCUAAGAGUUUUGGAGAAAGAUAAUAAAUGCGAACUUAUAUUACUAGAAGAUAGUCAAGGGGUAAAGUUCUUUUAACAUGCCACAAAUAUUUGCAUUUGCAAUCAUAUAUUGAAACAAACCUGCUGUAAUAAUAAUGCCUUAGCAAGAAUAUUUAUGACAUGUUAUUUAUAAUAAAUAUGUAGUUUUUCAAGUAAUUGACCUUUUAUUCAACAUAAUUAAGGGUUCUGUGGAAUGUAAUACAAUUUUGUGGUGCUGAAAAUAUUCCAAUGCGAAAUAAAUAUUUAUACAUAUAUAGAUUUAUAUA